UUCCGGUCUGAAAGAAAGGUAUUAGAUUACCCGGGCGGGUCCACACUGGAUGAAGUGAAUUCAGAAUAGUAGCAAAAAAAUCCACACGUUUUCCCCCACAUUCCCAGUUCCGACUAACCGGCGACUCAGUCCGUUUUUCCUAACAACAUGGGCGUCCACCUUCUUAUUCAAGGUCUGCAAUCUAAGGCCCUCCUUAUUGUCAGUUGUUGUGGUUUAGCACCACCCUAUAUGGAUCUUAAUGAUCUGAACAAGGUCUGGGAAGUCAAACCUUUGAAGAAGGUGCGUGAUGAUGAGGCAAGGGAAAUUCUUGAAAAUGUAGCAAAACAGGUGCAACCUAUAAUGCGCAAACGGAAGUGGAAAGUUAAGGUGCUCUCUGAAUUUUGUCCUGCCAAUCCAUCUCUUUUGGGACUGAACAUAGGAGGAGGUGCUGAGGUUAAGCUUAGAUUGCGCCGACCAAACAAUGAGUGGAACUUUUACCCUUAUGCUCAAAUUCUUGACACCAUGCUUCAUGAACUCUGCCACAAUGAAUAUGGCCCACAUAAUACUGACUUUUAUAACCUAUUGGACGAAAUCAGGAAGGAAUGUGAGGAACUUAUGGCUAAAGGAAUUACAGGUACUGGACAAGGAUUUGAUCUCCCAGGAAAGCGAUUGGGUGGGUUUUCUCGUCAACCUCCGUUGGCAUCAUUGCAGCAGAAAGCACUGGCUGCUGCAGAAAACAGAGCACGAGUAGAAAUACUUUUGUCAUCGGGGCCUAAGCGUCUGGGGGGUGAUAGUAGCAUCAAGGCUGCACUUAGCCCAAUUCAGGCUGCUGCGAUGGCUGCAGAACGGAGAUUACACGAUGAUCUGUGGUGUGGCUCCAAAAUGUUAGAGAGUGAAGGGCCUUCUGAAAGCUCCAAAGCUUCAGCGAUACCGGAGUCGCGUCAUAUUUCAGUUGUAGGAACCGUUUCUAAGAUAACGUGGGAAUGUUGUGUGUGCACUUUAUUGAAUCAGCCUCUAGCUCUCCUCUGUGGAGCUUGUGGAACCCCAAAGGACAGAGGACAUGAAGCAAAGGUCUGGUCUUGUAAGUUUUGCACGUUGCAAAAUAGGCAUGGGGUUGAACGGUGCUUAGCUUGUGGAGAGUGGAGAUACUCUUAUGGUCCACCUGUUUCAACGACAGAUCCUCGUAUUGGCACCUAAAGCGCAAGAAGUAAAGAAUUUUACAGAAAUUACAGUCGGACUUUGUUACAGGUCAGAUAUGAUUGAUUAAAUUAAUUGUAAAAUGUGUUUUGGUGUAAUCAAAGCAGUCGUAUUUGCCCACUCUGCUCGAGAAACCAUCUGUGUACUUGUGAUGAAUGAGAUGGUACUCAUUUAAGGCCAAUGAUGUUUAGAGAAUGGAGAAUAUGAUGAUUUUGUAUGCAAAUUAAUAUGUACUAAGUCAUUUGUCAUGAAGUAUCAAAUGUCGAAGUUACCACAUUAAUUGUAUAA